AUGUACUCUAUUUCGCGCCUGUUGACUGUGUUGUCUGCGGCCACCGUGGGCUACGCGCACCCCACGGUCACCUCCAGAGACGUCCCCUCGUCUCAGCUGGACGAUUUCGCCUUCUGGGUGCAGUACGCCGCCGCUGCCUACUGCCAUGACAACUACUCUCCGCCGGCCGGCACGAAGCUGAGCUGCUGGGCCGGAAACUGCCCCGACGUUGAGGCCAAUGGCGCUGUCACGGACAUCGAGUUCUCCAAUACGACUCUCAGUGACACGGCUGGAUUUGUGGCCGUCGACCACUCGCGCUCCAGCAUCGUCGUCUCCUUCCGCGGCUCCUACUCGGUGCGCAACUGGCUGGCCGAUGCCAACUUCCCCCUCGUGGAUCCGGGACUCUGCACCGGCUGCCUGGCUGAGGCGGGCUUCUGGAGCUCUUGGGCCUUUGUAAAGAAAGAGAUCCUGCAGAGCCUCAAGGAGUUGACGGGCCAGCACGCCGACUACCGCGUCGUCGUCGUGGGACACAGUCUAGGUGCCGCCGUCGCCACCGUCGCGGCGGCCGACCUGCGCACGCAGGGCUACGAGGCCACGCUGUAUGCGUACGCCUCGCCACGCGUGGGCAACGAGAAGCUGGCCGAGUUCAUCACAAAUCAGAAGAACAACUACCGCUUCACUCACAACAAUGACCCCGUCCCCAAGCUGCCCCUGCUGGCAAUGGGAUACAAGCACGUCAGCCCGGAGUACUGGAUCACCUCGGGCGACAACGCCACGGUGGCGGCCACGGACGUGCAAGUGCUGGAAGGGAACGUGAACUGGAAGGGCAAUACGGGCACGGGGCUGCCGUUGCUCACGGAUUUCCACGCGCAUCACUGGUAUUUUGAAAAGGCUGAUGGGUGCAAGGGGCCCGGACUGCCCUUGAAACGAUCUCAAUAG